GUCUAAUUACACAACUGAACAAACCAACUUGCGUUGGGUAACACCCAGGCAAGAAAGGCUACAAUAUCAAACUACACGAUAACUACAAAGAAUUCGAAGCGAAGUAACUUCUCAAAGACAGAGAGUAUUUUCAGAGAAUUAACGAAACUAUUUUCGAUACAAACUAGGAACUCGAACGAGGGAAAGUUUUUACGGUGAGACUAGAAUAAACUCACGAAAUGCUACACGCGAUGCUCGGACUAGGUUCACAGCAGUGGUGGAAGAUGGUUCUUGGCUGACAGAUUGGAGCCCAGAUGGUGAAUGGCGAGAUGCAGCGACAGAUGAGUGUGGAUGGACGCCAGGAGAGAGGAAACGGCACAGAUUUUUGACAGUGAUCGGUGCUGGUUGAGGUGCAGUUCACUUGGUGUCCUGGGGGGCGCUGCUGCAUCCGGAAGUGUUGGAGCUGCUGGAUAUCUGAGUAGAAGAAGAGCGGAGGGAAAACAAACCGGAGGCGGGUUUAGCUGAAGGCUGGUCGGUUUGUUCAGUGUCCAGCGGAGAUUUUACGGUUUAAACGAUGCAUCGGUGGGCCUUGUCUCCGUUCUCAGUCACUCCAGCUGCCAACCUGCUGUCCAGGUGUAUCUCUGUGGGAGCUGUGUCUCAGGAGGAAAUAGACUCCGCCUCCUCCAGCCAAAGCCCCGCCUUCUCCCCUCAGGUGCAGGAGGCUGAACAACGAAUUGCGAAGCAGAAGCAGCUGGACGAGCUGCAGCUGCAGUUGGAGCUGCUGAGAGUCGACCAGCAGAGCGCCGACGUCGCCCACAGCUUCCACCUCGCCCAGAGGUUCCAGCUGCUCCAGAUGUUGUCGUCUCACCUGCAGGACGUCCUGAAGGAGCAGAAGCGUCUCAGACAGAGACUGAUGAAGCCGCUGGCUCAGACCAGCGUGUCGCUUCCUGCUCACCUGCACAGGUCUGUGGUGGACUCGGUGAAGCUGAUGAUGGACUUCAUAGAGACUCUGGAGGAGAAGCUAAGCUCCGCCCACAGCUGGACCUCCACCAAGGAAUGCCUCAGUCAGCUGGACUCCUCCAUCACCCUGCUGCUGGCUGAAGCUGCUGAAAUAGAAACUCUGUCCAACCAGAUCCUCCGAUGGAAGGCGGUGGGCAGCAGCCAGCUCAGUGACCCUUCAUCAUCAUCAUCAUCAUAGACCUUAUUUUAAUAAAUGUUUGUAAUAAAUGUGAAUAAAUCUACUAAAUAUUGA